CGACGUAAAUAGCGCGGGAAAGGACGCAUGGCCGAGUCUUGCGACGACCCGACCGGCGUCUGCCUCCGCAAGUGCGCCCACGUCAACUGGACGUCGAUUUGCGCGCUCGGCUUUAGCAACAACUGGGCGUGCUGCGACCUCAACAUCCUGAACGCGGUGCUGCCCACGACCCUCUGGACCAUCUUUCUCGGGAUUAGCCUCUGGUUUGGCUGGUUCACGGGCAUCGUACGCGAGCUAAGAACGAGCGUCGACGACCUUCACGACAUCAAUACUCAAGCACUCGGUGUCGUCGUGGCGCGUCAAACACAGAGCGUCCUUGGUCGCGAGAUUGGCGACCCGCGCCGGGUGCUCAUGCUGCUCGCGAUGGGCACAGAGCUUGUCGGUUUUAGCUACCUUCCCGUGCAGCUCCUCUUGUACGAGUAUACCAAUGGUACGUUCACGGCGCAGUCGUCGGCGGGUUUUCAGUGGCUAAAGUUCUGUCUCCUGACACUGCUGUUGUGGUUACUGCUCUUGCCGCGGCGCGUCACAAGGCGCAUCGACGGUCUCUUGACAAAAGUGGUCGCGCCGCUGCUUUUUGAUACGUGCAGCCUGUUUUACAUGUAUACCAUCAUCGACAUUGGAGCGUGCUCCAACGGUAUGGACACGUGGGUACUACCGGACGGCACAACGUGCGGCAGCGAAAGUCGAUAUGGCGUGUUUGCCGCGCUUGGCACCGCCUCUUUUGUGCUCUUUUACUGGCACUCGCUGCAGUACAAGCUACGCCUCAACGACCAAGUGUUCGCGGUUCGAUUUCGAUACCAGACGUCGUUUGGGUCCCUCAUGGCGUACACGCGGACAGCGUGCUGCCUCGGCUUUUUCACGGUCCAGCGCCUCCUCUUGUACUUCAACAAGAUCCACGUCUUCCUCGCGUUCAGCAUCUUCAAUAUGGUGCUCUUCUCGCUUCUCUUGCGCUACAACUACGUCAACCAGCCGUGCCUCGGCGUCGGGCUCUUCCCAAACAACUUGCGGUCACUUUCGUUUGCGACCUCCGUGUACACGUCGACGAUCCUCUUUGGAAUUUCGUGUGCACUUCAAGCGAGCGGCGCGGAGAGCAUGUCGCUUGUGCAGCAAUACGUUUUACAGGCCGCCGCCGUGGCCUACCUUCCAUUUGCAGCGGCUACGUGGGCCUUCAACUCGCGCCGCGCCCGUUUGUACCAUGUUCCCAACCUAAGCUUGAAGGCGUCACUGGUCCACUCGACACCACGUGUCCGCGCAAUCGCGGCCGUGAGCAUCGCGCUCGAAGAUCAGUCUCGCUGGUCCACCAGCGACAUUCUCGACCUCUUGACGCUUCUCGACGAAAACUUGAAGGCAUCGCCGGCCUUGGAAGAAGGACUCGUGCUCGCGUACACGUGCCAGGCGCUAUGGAAUCUGUACUUUAAGUACGUCUCGAUCGACACACCGUUCCGAGAGCCAGGCACGGACCCAACGUUGUCCCUUGGUCUCUGGGCCAACCAGCGCCUCUCCACAAGCAAUUAUUUUGGGCCGACCAACUUUCACAGCCGCACUAGAUCGCACGGGUCCGCACUCCUCGCGCUCGUUCAGCGCAACGUCGCCAUUGGUGCGCACACCAUGACACAGCACAUGGACGACCUCUCGUCGUCACCGCAUAUUGCAUCGAUUCUUCCCAACUGCAUUCACGCACUCGUGCUUCUCAGCCGUAUGUCGGCGUCUCCCACGCGCCUUAUCGCUGCCAAAGUGCUGCAAGAGAUGUACGUGGCGCGCAUCCUUCGACUCUCGCAGCCGACGAUGCUGUAUGUCUGCUGCUCGAUCUGCGCCAGCUCAAGUCCGAGUCAGUCGAGCGCUGCCGCUGCGACACUCCGUCAACUCUUUGUCUCGCAUUUUGAGGACUCCGAGUUGAUGACAGUGCAUUUCACCGACUACUGGAACCUCCUCCACUUGUCCCAGUACCUCUUGCGGGCGAGUCGCGACCCGAGCGAAGUGGGCCGGGCCGAGGGUGUCGCCGGUGUCGUUCUGAGCGUCGUCCAGAUGGUCGAGAGCCAUGCUGCCGCUUGUAAUCCAGCAAAUGCGCUCUCGGAAGCGUUUGUCGCCAACAUCCUCGCCACCCAAGCACAGAUCACAACGUCGUACAAGCUGUUAACGCUGCUCGAUGACAUUUGUCUCUCGACGCACUGGGCGUUCCAAGUUUACUUGGACGAACUGCAUCGCGCGACGCAAGACAUGACGAUGCGCAAGAGCAAGCGCCAAGGCACGCUGAGCCGGGCGCGACUCUUCUCCCAAGCGAGAUCCAUGACGGCCAUUGCGCCCACGCUCGCACCGCCGCGCCAUGCCGAGCUCUCGGUGCAAAAGGUCACGUCGUUCUUGCUCCAGUCGAAACAAGCCAACUUGAUCGAGCCCGACGUUGUCGCCGCCAUCAAGAAACGAAAACGAGAUGAAGCCAUGCUGAUAGUGCAAGUCACCAUGAUCAUGAACGAAGGCUGCCAGGAUCAUUUGGGCGUGCGAGAGCUGCGCCCAAACACCCUCGCCGUCCUCAAAACCGUUGUCCGUCAUUUGCAAGACCAGCCCAUGCUUCGGACACACAUCAAGCACCGGCUCAAGCCCGCCGAAGUCGACUAUUUUGGCCAUCUCGAGCUGCUUCUAUCGACAAAGCACAGCUCGGGACUGCGCGCUGCCAUGCUAUCGGCGGGAAAAAUCAUGCCCUCCAAAGCUGCACGCUAACCCAAGAAUCGUGCUACCGUAUGGUGCUUGAACUUGCCAAACGUACUAUGA